AAUAAUUAUAGUAUUAUAAUCCUAAAGUUUAAACUUUGAAACCCUACUCUGAAUUACUAUCACUACACUAUCUUCAUUCUCCGGCGGCAACUAUCGCCGACGACCGGAGAGAAAUGGAACCAUCAACAGAAACGAAUAAAGAAGAAGAAGAGCAGGUGGUGACUCCAUGGGAGGUUGCCGGCAAAGACGGCGGCAAAAUUGAUUACGACAAACUCAUCGAUCGUUUCGGAUGUCAAAGGAUCGAUCAAUCUCUCAUUCAACGCGUCGAACGUCUCACUUCUCUCCCCGCUCAUGCCUUCCUCCGCCGCGGCGUAUUCUUCGCUCACCGUGAUCUUACUGAGGUUUUGGAUGGAUACGAAAAGGGAGAGAAAUUUUACUUGUAUACAGGACGUGGACCUUCCUCUGAAGCUUUGCAUUUAGGUCAUUUGAUUCCAUUCAUGUUCACCAAGUAUUUGCAAGAUGCUUUUAAGGUUCCUCUAGUUAUACAGCUCACUGAUGAUGAGAAGUUCUUGUGGAAAAAUCUUACUAUAGAUGAGUGCCAAAGACUUGCGAGGGAGAAUGCAAAGGACAUCAUUGCUUGUGGUUUUGACAUAUCAAAGACAUUCAUCUUCUCUGAUUUCAAUUAUGUUGGCGGUGCCUUCUACAGGAACAUGGUAGAGGUUGCAAAGCGUGUGACAUAUAACCAGGCUGUUGGCAUUUUUGGUUUCACUGGGGAAGAUCAUAUUGGAAAAGUUAGUUUUCCACCUGUGCAGGCAGUUCCAUCAUUUCCUAGUUCAUUUCCUCAUCUAUUUUCUGGCAAAGAGAAUCUCCGUUGUUUAAUUCCUUGUGCAAUUGACCAGGAUCCUUAUUUUAGAAUGACGCGAGAUGUUGCUCCUCGAAUUGGAUACCACAAGCCUGCUUUGAUUGAGUCAUUAUUCUUCCCCGCAUUACAGGGAGAAACAGGAAAAAUGUCUGCCAGUGAUCCCAAUUCUGCAAUAUAUGUGACUGAUUCGGCAAAAGAUAUAAAGAAUAAGGUAAACAGACAUGCAUUCUCUGGUGGGCAAGAUUCUGUAGAGAAACAUAGACAAUUAGGAGCAAAUCUUGAGGUAGAUAUACCUGUCAAAUACCUUUCUUUCUUCCUGGAAGAUGAUGCUGAACUCGAACACAUAAAAGAGGAGUAUGGAGCAGGACGCAUGCUAACUGGUGAGGUGAAGCAGCGCCUAGUUCAAGUUUUGACUGAACUAGUUGAGAGACAUCGAGCAGCUCGAGCUAAUGUUACUGAAGAGAUGGUGGAUGCAUUUAUGGCUGUCAGACCACUUCCCCACAUGUUUGACUGAAGAAGUUUCCUUAAUCAACUCUUAUCUGCUCAAAUAUUGCUUGGAAAUCAAUGGCAAACUGGAUUUCAUUUGUUUCUCAACUUAAAAUUUAUUUUUCUUGAACAUUUCUGUACUAUGAUUUUGCAAUAGAGUAUCUUAAUUUUUUCCUAUCAAUAUUUAUUAGUUCAAGUGACAAUAAGUUCAGUUUUUCGGUUUUUCCUUUAUUAAGGUUUCAAGUAAUGAGUCUUAUAAAUGAAGUUUUUUAAGUAGUGAGGGGGCGAAAAGUAGCACUCCUGAGUAUUAUAUUUUGUCAAAUGUAAUGGCCAUGGUUUGGGUGGAGAGGCUGCAGAAGAGAUUCAUCAUGGUUUGGUUUCAGAUGAUCUGAGGUGAUCUAAAAUGCAAGGAUAAUUUAAUAUGUACAUUUUACUCUUGCGUUUGUAACUUUUUACCUUGUGAUUAGAAAAGAGGUUUGUCUAUUAUUAAUGCA